ACAAUUUACAUUAUGUAUUUCAUUUCAGAUUUCUGUCUCUCGCGUUGCAAUCUUUAGUGAAUUAACAACACAAAUUAAGGAGUUGAAAAAAAAGUUUGACGAAAAGGCUGAGAAAGAUGAAAAGUGUUUCAAUGAGAUAAUCUCCGCAUUAAAAGAUUUGUCACUCAAAGUAUCUGCUCCUACUAAUGAUGAGUCAAAGCAGAAAUCUCGAUGUGCCAUAUCAGAGCUGGAAAGUUUAGUUUCUAAUAAGCCCAACAGCCCUGUUCCUCCAGAAAUGGUUUACAUAGGCUCAGGAAAUUACAUUACCAAAAGAGAAAUGGUAACAGCAGAAAAGGAAAAGUCAUAUCGAGGGAGACUGACCCAAGUGGUUGCACUUAUACUGAAGCACCCCGAACGGUAUAAUUUGACAGGUAGUGAGGGGAUGGAUAAAGUAACCGAUGAGCACCUGGAGGCUAUCCAUGGUUUCCUUACAGCUCUAAAGUGGAAGAGAAUCAAUUUGAACCCCAUGAAGGUUGGCAAUAGGGUACUGCAACCCCUGUCUGAAGAGUUUGUCCGAAGGACAGUAUCAAAAUACCUUUCAGAGAUUGCCAAAAAACCCAAUGACAAUGAGCAGGGGACGAAAAGGAAGAAAACAAACUUGAAGGAUGAUGGUGCGAGCAAGAAGAAAAGAAAUAAAGAUAUGAAAGAUGGUGCGAGCAAGAAGAAAAGAAAUGAAGAGAUAAAUGGUGAUACAAGCGAGAAGAAAGGAGAUGAAGAUGAAGAUGAUGAUGAAGAUGAUGAUGAUAUGAUAAUUAGGAAGAAAAGAAAGCUUGAUGAUUCACAUUCUGAUAGCACAGAACUUGAAGAUGUGUCUUUUCUUAGCAUUCCAGAAUCAGGAAUAGUAUCUUAGUAUAUUUGCUUUUUAAUAUAUGUUGUCAAAUUUUUAGAGGUUUACAUGUA